UAGGUCGGAGCGCGGCGGCGGGGCCGCGCCGGGCAGCUUACCUCUCUCAGAAUACCAUGGCGCGACGCACACGUAACAGCAGGGCCUGGCAUUUCGUCCUGAGCGGGGUGCGCCGCGACGCGGACACCCGGGCAGUCGCCUUGGCGCCCGGCGCGCGGGGCUGGGGCUAUGACUCCGACGGGCAGCACAGCGAUUCGGAUUCAGAGCCGGAGUUUUCUUCCCUCUCGCCCUCCAUCCCAAGCGCCAUCCCCGUAACAGGAGAAUCCUACUGCAACUGCGAGAACCAGAACGAGGCUCCCUACUGCUCCGGCCUGCACGCCGUCCACCGCGUCAAGGACUGCCGGUGUGGCGAGGAGGAUGAGUAUUUUGAUUGGGUAUGGGAUGACCUGAACAAGUCAACGGCCACCCUGCUAACCUGCGACAACCGCAAGGUGAACUUCCACAUGGAAUACAGCUGCGGCACGGCUGCUAUCCGGGGCAACAAAGAGCUGGCAGACGGGCAGCACUUCUGGGAGAUCAAGAUGACUUCCCCAGUCUAUGGCACGGACAUGAUGGUAGGAAUCGGGACAUCAGAUGUGAAUCUGGACAAGUACCGCCACACCUUCUGUAGUCUGCUGGGCAAGGAUGAAGACAGUUGGGGACUCUCCUACACAGGACUACUGCAUCACAAGGGAGACAAAACAAACUUCUCAUCGAGGUUUGGCCAAGGCUCCAUCAUUGGGGUGCAUCUGGACACGUGGCAUGGGACACUCACGUUCUUCAAAAACCGGAAGUGCAUAGGGGUUGCAGCUACCAAGCUGCAGAACAAGAAGUUCUACCCCAUGGUGUGCUCAACAGCAGCCAAGAGCAGCAUGAAGGUGAUCCGCUCCUGUGCCAGCUGUACAUCCCUCCAGUAUCUCUGCUGUUAUCGUCUGCGCCAGCUCCUGCCUAACUAUGUGGACACGCUGGAGGUGCUGCCAUUGCCACCAGGACUCAAACAAGUGCUACACAACAAACUUGGGUGGGUCUUGAGCAUGAACUAUAGCACAUCAAAGCCUUCCUCCUCAUCAUCGGGAAGUGACUCAGAUAGCUCUUGUGGCUCAGAUGCAGAGGCCUGCCAAAGGAAGAGGUGCAGGAGGACAUAAUGUCUCUUCAGAAGAACUGCCUCGAGGGGUUUGGGUGAAGUUUUGUUCUGCUGCCUGCAAGAGCAGUCCAGGCCUGAUGCACCUCUUUCUUAAUGGGGACAUUAGUUUCUACCUGUUUGCAAAGAUUUCUCUUACGCUGUUUGAAACCUUUAUGCUAUAUGUCCAUCACUUCCAUUGAAAAUGCAAGUUGACUCAAAGAGGUCCCAUCUCUGUGGAACAGGUAAACUGCAGCCAAGUAUUUGAGUUUAAUCUCCUGCCUUGUUAUCAGUCAUCACCUCUUUUUGAAGAAUCGUUCUUCUCUGUAGACUUUCAUCAGAGACAAGACUUAAAAUGGCUUCCCAAUUUCAAAGCACACUUUUAGCAAACUGUAAUCAAAUAACUGACUUGACAUAUCAAAAGAUAAAAGUCAAAAUCGAGUCUCUCUCCUUCUAACUGUUUGUGUUGGUUUGGUAUCUGCAAUGAAUUCUUCACAGUGGUGGGACAUGACUGAACAGCAGCACGUAGGGAAGUGGGCUCCUAAAGGUGCCUCUAUGCUGUGCUGUGACCACUGACAUUGUUGUGAAAGAGCAGUUACUUACAGGAGUUGAGCUGUUAGUGAUCUUUCUUGAGCCCCUGAUGACUUUAAUUGCUUUGCAUGUUGGCUACUGCUACUUCUCCUGUAUCAAAGACUGUAUUAAACUGUAAUAAUAAAAAUGUAAA